UUGAGUUCUCGAUCCCCCGGUAAGAAGGGGAUAUAAAUAGGAGGGAGAUGGAAAUUUGAACGAGGAGGCAAAUGAGGAUCUGACGUGGACACACGUGGCAGUUUAUUAGCUGUACGAUAUCGUCUCUGUGACGAGCAUAUCGGAGAGAUGGGAUCAAUCUGGGCCGUCUAAGUUUACAGGGAGCAUGUUGUAAAAUCUAGCUAGAACAGGGACUAUCCAUACAUUUUCACCUUUCGUUUUCUUUUUAAUUUAAAAAAUUUUGUAAUACGCCAAAAGCAAAAGCUGAUAGAGCACUACUGUUGCCGAAUCCACCGCCUUAAAGCCCACGUCACCCCGAUGCGUUCGCCAUAUGUACGGUCGUGAUCGUAACCUCGCACGAAUCUCCAGGCACGUCGCGGUGCCGAGCAACGGAAACAUAUACAUCCCAAACCAAAGCCCAUCGCACCCUCGCUCCCUCUUCUUCCUCUUCUCCUCCUCCGCAUCAAAUCGUUUGGAUGAGCAGGUAGAGACUUGUCUUCCGCCCUGCUUUAAAACAAAAAGUGACCGAUAUGGAUCACAACAACGCUACAGUGCGAAGGAUCACUGCAGUUCUACUGCUGUUCCUUGUAGUUUCUCUACUACUUAGUCUCCCUCUAGUCCGAGGAGACGAGCAUGGACAAAGAGAUAGAGAUGUAGAAAGAAGAGAACAUAUGGAGGUGGUCGAAGCGAAGCAACAGCCGGACCCGGCCGAGAGGGCGAUCGGCAUCACCGGCUUCAUGAACCGGUGGGAUGCUGUCAAAGCCUGGGCCAAGCUGGCCUCGAUGAACUUUCGGCCGCCCGAAUCCUGGUAUAGGAGGGGUACGUCUAGUGGGGAAGUGGUUAAGGACGCGGCCGCGAGGAGUUUCGAGUCAGGGAAGGAGACGGUGGAGCAGGCGGCCGCAUCUGCGGCCCAUGCGGCUGGGGAGACCAUGCACAAGACUAAGGAGAAAGUGAAGAGAACCGUCUCGGCGUCAGCUGGUCAAGAACUGGAUGCAGAGCUUUAAAUCGAUCUGAAAAUUACGUGUUUAUCGUGUUACUGUUUAAUGUGCAUGUUUGCGAGAGUUUUCUCUUUUUUUCUUUCUUCAAAUUUAUUUUCUGCAUGUUCAUCACUUGUGCUCCAAAAUGUCAAGUUUGAGGCUUCUGUUGUGUGUAAAAAAUAAUUCGCGAAGUUUUUGAUUUUACAUUGGAUUGAUAAUGUGGUUGGUGUUUGUAUA